AUGACGUUUUCCGGAACGACGAAGUUAAGCGUUGGAUCGUUGGUUCGUGCGAAGUUUUCCGACGCUUUCAAGGGAGUUUCCAGAAGAGCAGUUGUUGCUACCGUGCAGGAAGACUCGGCUUGCCUGCUAUAUGAGGACGAAGCCCCUCGUUCGCUGCCGUUUGCGGACCAAAGCACAUCUGAUGAAGUGAAAGAUCGAGCAGGAUCGUAUCUACAACGCAUCUUUAUAGUCGCCCCUAUAGUUGAAGAAAAUAGUGGAGAGGCGGAGCGUUCUGUUCCUUUAGAAGAAGUCGAAGAGCUGUUGCCUUUUGAGUCGUUGUGCGACGCUUUGGCAGCGGAUGAUUUGGAAGUCUCAUCUUGGAAAGCACGAGGCGAUCAGCUCUUACGCAGGGGAGAUGCGUCUGCAGCUACAUCAUUCUACGAGCACGCUUUGAAACUAACCAGCCGCCUUCAGAUUGGAUCCUCAAUCAUUGUAAGAGUUCGCGGGCACGCAAAGGUUGCAGAAGUUGAUUGCAUAGACGCGCAAGAAGGUAUCGACGUUGUCAUGCAAGAAGAUGGACGAGAGGCGACCAUCAAGGAAAGCGAUAUAUUAUUGUGUGUAAUGGAGGAGGACAGUGAGCGCUUUCAGGAAAGGAUUUUACUGAAUCUGAGUCGUUGCCUAUCGCAAGUCCACGACAUAUCGUCGUGGUCUCGACGGUCCAUCUACCAGAAACGAGCCAUUCUUGCCGCAACACUGGCUCUCACAGUUGCUUCUUUUCAUGAUGAGAAAAAGAAUGUCAUCUCAAAUACCCAAUUAACAGCCUUAAUCCUCCGAUGCCAAUCCCAUCUGUCUUUGUCCAAAUUUCAGCAUGCCGGUGUUGAUCUCGAUCGUUUACUUGCUUUGGAGCCUAAUCACAAAGAAGGACUGAAACUUGCCCGCGAACUGACAAGUCUUCGGAUACGUCGAAACAACGCCGACAAGAAGCUCGUGAAAGAAAUGUGUCGGUGGGUGAAGGCAGCCACGAACGAUUCGGAACUCCGUGCCUUAGACGCGAACCAAGUCCAGCGCUAUUAG